AUGAAACUCGAGAUGCAUAACGCUGUCGACAAAGACAGACCUAUAACAAUUGUUGCUGUGCCGAGUCAUCUGUAUCAUAUAAUGUUUGAAUUACUAAAGAACGCCAUGCGUGCCACCGUUGAACACCAUGGUGUUGAUGACGAUCUCCCUGACAUCAAGAUCUUCGUGGUCAGAGGUCAAGCCGAUUUAUCCAUCAAGAUUUGCGACCGUGGCGGUGGUGUUUCUCGGACCAUCGUGGAACGAUUGUUCAACUACAUGUAUAGUACUGCCCCUCCUCCACCAAGAGAUGGCACGCAGGCGCCACUGGCUGGUUAUGGCUAUGGCCUUCCGCUUUCUCGUCUCUAUGCCCGUUACUUCCUCGGCGAUCUUUUCUUGGUGUCGAUGGAAGGAUAUGGAACUGACGCUUGCAUAUAUAUGAAGGCUGUUCCUGUUGAAGCCAGUGAGGUGCUUCCCAUCUACAGUACGUCCUCCCGAAGAAACCUCACUAUGGGUCCCCAGGUGGCUGACUGGUCCCACAAUGUGCAUGGACAUUUCCGCCCAGGAUGA